UCUCUCUGGUUCUCCUCUCACCAGGUUUUCCAUCAGUGAGAGGGCGUGAGGGAAGGAGUGCCCCAAAUUCAAACGCCCGCUGACCGCACUCCCCCCACCACAGCAUGGCUCUCUCUCUCUGGAUCCUCUUUACCUGCACCAUCGCCCUGAGCAACAUCAGCCCCUCUGAACAGGCAUUAAGUCGCUCUGCAAUGCCAUUUGGUCUGAUGCGGAGGGAGUUGGCAUGCGAGGGUUACCCCAUCGAGCUCCGCUGCCCCGGCAGUGAUGUCAUUAUGAUCGAGACAGCCAACUACGGUCGCACGGACGACAAGAUCUGUGAUGCCGACCCCUUUCAGAUGGAGAAUGUACAGUGCUACCUGCCAGACGCCUUCAAGAUCAUGUCACAAAGGUGUAAUAAUCGGACUCAGUGUGUGGUGGUGGCUGGGUCUGAUGUUUUUCCUGACCCCUGUCCAGGAACCUACAAGUACCUGGAGAUCCAGUAUGAAUGUGUGCCAUACAUCUUUGUAUGUCCUGGGACUCUAUUAAGGGUGCAGGCAGCAAGUUUGCUGCAGGAGGCGGAGCAUCAGUCGGGGGCAUGGUGUAAGGAUCCCCUGCAGUCUGGCGACCGUCUUUACGUCAUGCCCUGGACUCCGUACCGCACAGACAUGCUGUACGAGUAUGCUUCAUGGGAGGAUUUCAAGCAGAAUCGAGCCACAACCACCUACAAGCUGCCAAAUCGUGUGGAUGGAACAGGCUUUGUUGUGUAUGAUGGUGCUGUUUUUUACAACAAGGAACGCACACGAAACAUUGUGAAAUACGACUUGCGCACACGUAUCAAGAGUGGAGAAGCCAUAGUUAAUAAUGCCAACUACCACGACACCUCACCAUACCGCUGGGGGGGCAAGUCUGAUAUUGACCUAGCGGUGGAUGAAAAUGGUCUAUGGGUCAUCUACGCUACCGAGACCAACAAUGGACGACUGGUGGUCAGCCAGGUUAACCCCUACACCCUGCGCUUCGAAGGAACCUGGGAGACCAGCUUCGAUAAGCGACUGGCAUCCAACGCCUUCAUGGCAUGUGGUGUUUUGUAUGCCGUGCGCUCUGUUUAUCAGGAUGACGACAGCGAAGCAGGUGGAGAUCUGGUUCUGUAUGCGUACAACACCAACCGAGCACGGGAAGAGUCUGUCCACAUUCCCUUCCCCAACCCCUACCAGUAUGUGUCCUCUGUGGACUACAACCCAAGAGACAAUCAACUUUACGUCUGGAAUAACUACAAUGUUCUGCGCUACCCCCUAGAGUUCGGCCCACCGGAUCCCACCGCUGGUCCACUAGUCACCACCCAAAUGAGCAGCAGCACCACCACCGCAGCAAGACCCGUCACUUCCAGCUCCAUCCCCUCAACCAUGCGACCUCUGCCCCCAACCGCUCACCCGAUAGGGGCCAUCAACAAAGCACCAGAUCUGCGACCUAUCACUGCCACCGUACCGGUGACUCGCAGACCCUUGCGCGUCCCACCCCAGGGCCCUGAGCUUCAAGUGUGCGAAGCCAGAGUAUCCAGAGGGGUGCAGUGGCCCGCCACCCAGAGGGGGGAGACCGUAGACAGACCGUGCCCUAAAGGAUCACUGGGCAUUGCCUCCUUCCAGUGUCUAGCUUCUCCUGUGCUGUGGAACCCUCGCGGCCCUGAUCUAAGUAACUGCACCUCGCCGUGGGUCAACCAGGUGGCCCAGAAGAUAAAAAGCGGAGAGAAUGCUGCAAACAUCGCUGCUGAGCUGGUGAACCACACGCAGGGCCGCAUUCACGCUGGUGAUGUCAGUUCCUCUGUCAGACUCAUCGAGCAGCUAUUGGAUAUAUUAGACGCACAGCUGCAAGCACUCAGACCCGGGAAUAAGGAAUCGGCAGCCAGGAACUAUAAUAAGUGGCAGAAGCGAGAGAGGACCUGCCGGGCUUACGUUCAGGCGGUUGUGCAGACCGUAGAUAAUCUCUUGCGUGCCGAGGCUUUAGAGUCAUGGCAGGACAUGAACAGUACGGAGCAGGCACACACUGCCACCAUGCUACUGGACGUCAUGGAGAAGGGCGCCUUCCUGUUGGCCAAUAACAUGUACAAUAAUCACUUCUCAGACCAUGCUGCCAAUGUCGAUCUAGAGGUGCGUGUGCUGAACACAGAGACGGAUUCUCAGGAUUUGUCGUUCCCUCAGAACGGUCCCAGUGACACCAUCAUCCAGCUCAGGGCUUCCACCUAUAAACAGUACAGCCGCAACGGCCAGGUAAAAGUUGUUUUCGUGCUCUAUAAGAAUCUGGGCCCGUUCCUCUCCACUGAAAACGCCACUGUGAAGAUGGAAAUGGAGGCGGGGCCAGGUGGGCGGGGCCUGGCGGUGAAUUCACACGUCAUCGCGGCAUCAAUCAAUAAAGAGUCCAGUCGUGUGUUUCUGACCGACCCUGUGGUGUUCACACUUAGACAUUUACAGCUGGAGAAUCAUUUCAGCCCAAACUGUUCGUUCUGGAACUACUCGGAGCGUUCGAUGACGGGCCAGUGGUCAUCCCAGGGCUGCAAGCUGAUGGAGACCAACAGCACACACACAACCUGCUCUUGUAGUCAUCUAACCAACUUUGCUGUGCUGAUGGUACACCACGAACCUGACUACCCAGGAAGGAUGCACGAGUUGAUCCUUUUUGUGAUCACGUGGGUGGGUAUUGUCAUUUCGCUGGUGUGUCUCGCUAUCUGCAUCUCCACCUUCUGCUUCCUGCGAGGCCUGCAGACCGACCGUAACACCAUCCACAAGAACCUCUGCAUCAACCUCUUCAUCGCUGAGCUCCUCUUCCUCAUCGGCAUCGACAAGACGCAGUACCACAUUGCAUGCCCCAUUUUUGCGGGCCUGCUGCAUUUCUUUUUCCUGGCUGCGUUCUCCUGGAUGUGUCUGGAGGGAAUCCAGUUGUAUCUGAUGCUGGUGGAGGUCUUCGAGAGCGAGUACUCCCGGAAGAAAUACUACUACUUGUGUGGCUACUGCUUUCCCGCCCUGGUGGUGGGCAUCUCGGCAGCCAUCGACUAUCGCAGCUACGGGACUAAAAAAGCGUGCUGGUUGAGGGUGGAUAACUACUUCAUCUGGAGUUUUAUCGGCCCUGUGUCCUUCAUUAUCAUGAUAAACCUGGUGUUCCUCAUGAUAACACUUCACAAGAUGAUCCGUAACUCAUCUGCUCUCAAACCCGACUCCAGCCGCCUGGACAACAUCAAAUCCUGGGCUCUGGGGGCUAUCGCACUGCUCUUCCUCUUAGGCCUGACCUGGGCCUUCGGCCUCCUCUUCAUCAAUGAGAACACAGUGAUCAUGGCGUACCUUUUCACCACCUUCAAUGCCUUCCAGGGCAUGUUCAUCUUUAUCUUCCACUGUGCUCUGCAGAAAAAGGUGCAUAAGGAGUACAGUAAGUGCCUGCGUCAUUCGUACUGUUGCAGUCGCACCUCUACUACGAGCUCUCACGGAUCACUGAAGAAUUCUGCCCUGCGUGCCAACAACCGCUACUACACUGGCAGCCAGGCACGUCAUGCAGCGGUACACCGACAGAGCCGAAUUCGUCGAAUGUGGAACGACACGGUGCGAAAGCAGACAGAGUCAUCCUUCAUGGCUGGAGACAUCAACAGCACUCCUACUCUCAAUCGUGGCACAAUGGGGAACCAUCUUCUGACCAACCCUGUGCUGCAAACUCGAACAGGAAGUUCUCCCUACAACACGCUGCUGGCUGAGACGUUUACCCCACCCUCACCUGGAGUCUUCAACUCUACCGGAACUUUCCGUGACCCAAAGAGCACACUGUCUAAGAACCGAGAUCAUGGAGGCAUGGAGACGCUACCUCUGAACGGGAACUUCAACAACAGCUAUUCUUUGCGCAGCGUCGGGGGUUCAGGUGCUCCUGGGGGAAGCUGUGACUUCCUGGGAGGUGGAGGUGGAGAUAGCCCCCCUCCCCUUCUCAACCCCCGCAGUUCAGAAACUCUCGGUGGCAUACGGAGGAACCUCUCAGAUGCUGCGGCAUUCGAGAAGAUGAUCAUAUCUGAACUCGUGCAUAAUAAUCUACGAGGCACUGGAGGGGCUGGGGGCGGUGACAGAACAUGUGGCAGCCUGGUCAGAGGACACGGGCACAUGGGCAUGGGGCGAGGUGGAGGCGGGCCCGAGCCGGCGAUAGGCAUGGAGGACGACGAAGACUUUUGUUCGAGAGAAGCGCGUCAGCGCACACCACAGGAUGUGGAACUGUUGUACAAGGCUCUAGAGGAGCCUCUGCUGCUUCAGCGUGCUCAGUCUGUGCUCUACCAGAGUGACCCAGAAGAGUCUGAAAGCUACACGGCUGACUUGACCGAGAGUUUGGGCCACAGCGGUCAUAGCGGCCAAAGCGCAGCAGGCCACGGCCACAAUGGAGCUCCCGAUUCGCCUGCGCGGGACUCCCUCUACACCAGCAUCACCAACCUACGAGAUUCACCCUACCCUGACAGCAGCCCAGAGCCACUAGAAGUGGUUCCGCGCUCAGCCCAGCCUCCGGAGGAGCUGUACUACAGCUCCGGUCGGCCUGCCAUAGGCUCCCGCGGAGCCCCCAUGCAGACCUUCUACCAGGCUCCACCUAGGAGACCGAGCACUGAAGCCCAUCCCGCCCCUGAGCCCCCCCAUAGCGAGGGAGAUGGACAGAUGCAGUUGGUCACAAGCCUGUGACUACAAGGAAGAGGUGAAGGAGUAAGAGCACCACAGGGUCUGAAGCAAAGUGCCGAUGAUGGACUUCUCUCCUGUCUCUGAAGCCCUCCGUAUGUCUGGUUGCCUUUUAGCUCUUUCAUUUGUUUUGAAGUAAGAGGUAAGGAAAGCCUAAACAGGGAGAGCGACAGAGAGGUUUGUCUCCAUGGCAGCAGGCUCUCUGAAGUGCUGUGUAACCACUCUGCUCUCUCAUCAGCAUCAUUUUUCCUCCCUCCUCACACACACAUACAGAAACAGCAAGUCCAACUAUCUGCCUUCUCUCAAUGGACGUCACCGCCUUCAGCUCUCUCUGCUCCAAAAAUAUCGUCAAGAAUCACACCUGACUUCUAUUUCUGUGUUUUAUUUCAUGUCACAUCUUUAAAAUGUUAUUUUUGCGUAACUCCUUACCUUCACUUACCUUUCUCUGUCUUUCUCCAUCAUUAUUUGAUGAGAGCUGUUACGCGAGGAAAUGGGGGUAUGCCAUUACUGCAAGUGACAAAAAUCUCUCUGAAAGCUCUUUGGUGUUGCCAAAAAUAACUGUUUUUGAGCCAGGACACAAACUGGAAUCUACACACACACACACACACACACACUCACAGAAGUGCUUGUUACUGAACAUAAAGAGUGUGAACAUAUGCUCAUGAAAAAGGAAAACAAGGACUAUUGUUCAGACACAGGUAGCGGGAAGCUGCCUCAGUGGAGUUGCCUUUAUUUCUCUCUCUGAACUGACUCUUCUGUACAGAACAACCACAGAGACUAGGAACUUGGGGGGGACGUUUGGACAAUAGGACACAACCCAUCGUCAACUGGGUCGUUUGAAGCCGCUCGACCAUGGGACCUCUCAUGAAUUAAACUCUGUAGGGUUUUGUCUCAGAUCCACGGAUGGGGGCGGAUUAAGGACUGAAGCUGCUCUCCGAAUCACUGAUGGAUGUUGUAGGUGGACGUGCUGUAUCACCUGUGUUAUUGUGGCUAGAAGAAUUUUUUUGCUACUGCUCCAGCCAUCCUUCGAGUCCGACCUCUGUACAUACGAAACACACAAAAGCAAACGCAAGUCUUAUUCUACUCGUCUCCUGUACAUAGAUGAACAAAAGCAACAAAAAAGUAUCAAAUACUAUGAAAAACCAUUCUUGUACUGCAACAGAAAUUGAAAAGAGUCGAAAAUAAAGAUGUUUUGAAGUUUGUGACCUAAACACUACACCGAUCUCUCCCUCUCUCUUUCUUUCGCUCUCUCCGGCCCUAGUUCGGUCCUGCCCUGGAGCACCGUGGUGCCAGGAAAUCUAAUUGUCUGCCAAGAGACAGCGAGAGAGAGACAGAGAGACGGAAAGAGAAGGAUUUUACAUACAAACGAGAUAAAUCCUGGCACAAUUUUUGUGUAAUAUAACCCAUUACAUUGUUGGUAAUGUUUGACCUUCAACAUUCCCAGACAGGAAGUGUUUGACAUGAAUGAAAGGGGAAUACACUGUGCCUCUGGGGUACACUGGUGCAUUGUGAGUUGAUUGACAGCAGCCAUAAUGUAUUGCUGGUUAUAUUUUAUCUGGAGGAUGUAAUAGAUAUCAGAUGAUUAGAUGAAAUAGAAUAUAAGACAUUUAGGUGAAACAAAAAAUGGGGACAUAUUCGGAAAAGUUUCAGUCGCAAACCCCAGAUUGUAUUGGACUGUUUUUACAUAACAAUAUCAGCAGUUGUUUCUGAACCUGGUGUGACAGUUGAUUUACAGUUUGUAUGUGUAUGUCUGAACGUGAACAUUUGAAUGCCUGUGAACCAGAGUGAGUGUGUGUGUGUGUGUCUCAGAGGCUAUUUUUACUGGGUAACAUGGACCCGCAUUAGAAGGACAGGAAGCAGAGUAAAUCUAUAUCUAUAUAAAAGCUCAGUUAAAGCUUCCAUCUAAAUGACUUUGUUAAAGGUAUUUUAAAUGUUAUUUUGCCGGUCAGGUACUCUGAGAUUUAAAACAAAACAACAAAACAUAAUUGCAUUCAUUGAGCGAAAGGAACAUCUGACCAGUGAGACAUGCUCUGUGGUUUAGAAUCCCCAUAUGCAAAUGAGCUGCAUAGCCUAUUGAACAAAACAGAGGUAUUCAUGAGUGCUCCACCUCUCUGAAGUCUGCUCAAUCUUCAACUCUUUCAUGUCUGAUGUUUUAUUUAUUAAUAUUUAUUUGUCUGUUUUGAUUAUUUAUGCACAUAUUCAUUUAUUCAGUGUGGUUUUGUGUACAGAGCAUAUGUGAGGGUGACAAGAGUGUGCUAUAUUUCUAAGUGCAUACUAACAUACUAUUCUUACUACUACUGCAGUAUAUACUAUGUAUUCUCUGCAAAAUAUGCAGAUUUUCUCCCAAAUGACCUGGUGCAUUUGGCAGAAUGAGUGGUAAACAACAGAAUUCGGAAUGGCGUCUCUUAAUAUUUCUUCUACCUUAUUAUGGAAGAAAUAAUAAGAGUAAAAUGCUAGUAAAUAGAGGCAGUUUACUGCAUAGAAUACUUUACCUUGUGCAAUGUGGUUUACUUGACCUUUCAUUUCCUAUGUGAUGGAUGAGCUGAAAAUGUCUGUAAAUUUUAUUAUUAUUUGAUUGGACUGCCAAAACUAAAGACAUUUCAUUUGCCAAAUAACUUAUUUUAUUCCCAAUGUUAUUUAGACAUCACUCACUGAAUUCAACAUGCAACACGGUGAGGUCAUGUGACAGUGUAGCAUGUUUGAAAUGUUUAUUGCGGAACAUUUGUCUACUGUUCCAGCUGCUAUUGUUUUAAACUACAGUGUAUACUAUGCAGUAAGUAGUAAGCUAGUAUGCCAUUACAAACAUAGCCAUGGAGAGAAAGAGAGAGAGCAGGGGUGAGUAUCUAUGUUUAAUGAAAGAGGUGAUGUCAGACCUACAGAGAAUAGAGAAGGUCUGCUACACUCACUGUCAGAACAUUGUGAAUCCUGAAUGUAUGUCCUAUCUGCACUCUCUCUUUCUCUAUCUCUUACUACUGUAAGUCUUCUAAGGGGACGUGUGCAAUUCAUUGCAUGGUAACUUGUACUGAUUGACACAGGGUCAGUAUGUUCACCGGUGUGCUGGCCAGAAGGUGGUUAGUACACCCGGUCCUAUAUUUAGCCCGAGGCAUGUAUGAUCAGCUUUUAUUUAAAGCAAUGACCUGAACAGAUUUUUUUUUUUUUCUUCUUGCUUUUCUUGCAAAAAUGUUCCUUGUUGAUUAGUAGGACCAGCUUCAACUGGUCAGCAGGUUUGACCGUUUGAAUGUAUUGUCAUACACCAUUGUGAACUGGCUCUCUUAGGGCUUAGGAUGCCCUCUAAGGAGAUCUGCUCCUGACUCAUGGCCCUCUGCCCACCUGGCACCAUAGCGCUGCUGUUUUACCCUCUUACCCUGCUGCAUUGGCCCAUGGGAGAUGCUGUUUACCUCUCCCCCUCCAUCCCUGGAGAAAUCUGAUGUGCGUCACGUUUUGUGCAUCUCUCCGUUUUCUGCCCUUGCUUGCUUUUAUUUCCCAUCGACCCUUCUUCCGCAUUCCCCCUGCCUACACCCUUCUCUCCCUUCCUGCUUAGCUCACCAAAUUAUUUUUACAUGGCUUUCCUAGCUGAGCGUUAAUGUGGGAAGAUUUGUUAUGUUAGUCAAAGGCUUUGUUUACAUGGGACUGAAGGGAUAAUAUAGUACAGUGUUGAAUAUGGUGAUAAUGACAGUGAUUAUGCGCUGUAGUAAACUGCUAGACUAAAGCCCGCUCCGAGGGACUGCUACCACCUCCAAAAUCCCCAUACAACCCCUGAUUAUCAUAAUAAUACUAAGAGCUAUAAUCUAGCGAAGUCAACCCACCAUGUUCCCGCUCUUUGGGUUUUCUUCUUUUGUCUUUCCCCCCUCUCGCUCUUUGAGAGCACUUGUGUUUGCUGUCCUUUAGAUAUGAAAGGAAUCACCCUGAUUUGCUCAUCAUAUCAGCCUCAUUUUCAUGUCUUCACAUUCAAAUGGAAGAGUACAUGAGCAGGCCAGACGGAAUCUGCUGCUUUUCCCAAUUUGUUAAAAUUAGUUAUUGAGUGCAAGGCUCUUAUUAUUGGCUGAAAUGGUAAUGAAAUUUGCCAAAUAUGAAAAUAACAAGAAGAAAUUGCUUGUCAAAUAUGGUAUUCUUUCCUAUUUUGAUUCAUUUUCUUUUGAAACAUGAAGUUGGGGCUGGAUAUGUCAAAGGGUUUGUCCCUUUUUAUUUAACCAGUAGCCUUUAGUUUUCAUGAUCCAUGAUUUGCUGACAGGUGAAAUCAGAGGGAGGAAUAUUCUGAUUCUAGAGUAAUUGAUUGGAUAAAAAUGUACACGCCCAUGAGUGCAAGAUGAGACAUAAAUAUAUUUUGGUCUGUUUUCCCAGUAAAGAAAGUACGUUUUAGUAGUGUAUAUCUUCUAAGAGUUCAUUUCGUCAGUGUUUAGGAGUACCAAACUACUUAUGAAGUCUCAGUGGGGUUUUAAUAAUGAAACUCAAGAUGGGGGAGGAGGGAGUUGUGUAUUCCAAUUCUGCUGAAAAUCCUGAAGUGCAGAUUCAAUGUGGGCCUGUGAGAAAGAGAGGAAACAUAAAGGUCCUCUUUCCAGACCCCUGUCCCUUGUCCCUCGCCUGCUCUCCUGUGAUCUGACAGUCUCUCACCCUGCUGUCAUCCCAAUCCUCAGCUGGGCCUGGCACCAGAGAGCCAGAGUCAUGAUCUCUGAUCACGAGCCAUCCCCUUCACUUUUAAAGCCACAUGUUGACUUGAUGUCCAGAUAGUAGGAUAUAGAUAUAAAAAGAGAGAGAGAGAGAGAGAGAGAGAGAGAGUGAUGACCAAGUCAUUCACUGCUGUCAAAACAACAUGAAGCAUCAGCCCUGGGCAAAGCACCCCACUUGCUCGGCCGCACUACGCCUGACAGGCACAGAGAACCCCUGGAGUUAUCUGACAUGUUUUAUUGGCAUCUCUCAGUCGCUGUAACUUGGCCGUAUUUUAACUCCACCACAGCCACCAAAAAAGAGACCAUUCAAACAGAGCUUGCUUACCCCCUUACCAUCGAAAUGGUGAUUGUGUUAGAAGAAUGCAUGAACCUUUCUCACAACUGGUCUGCAUUUCCAAUGAAUUUAGAUCUGAACAAUGACAUAACUAUGUUGCUUGCUACAUAGCCUCUGUCUUUUAAAGGUGCAGUCACAUUUACCUUUGCAAAAUCCAGUCAUUUCAGUAGGAAUCAGUGCAAUUGGGUGCAAUCCCCCUUUGCAGAUUUCCCAAAAAAUCGUCACCGCGACCAACAGAUAGCUGCUUGGUUUAAAAGUGACUUCUGUGUGAACAGUGUACAUGGAACUUCUCAAAAUUCUCGGAACAUUCUGAAACAAGUAGUAACAUUUAGAUAACAUUAGGUGAACAUUCAAAAACAUUCCUUGAACAAUGUAUAAAGGUUUCUGUGUUAACUUUUGAGAACAUUAUUAAAGACCAGAUAACUUUGAAUGAAUGUUUUAUUAAAGAACGUUUGUUCAUAACUUUCUCAUAGCUUAGCCCUCUGGCUCAAUCAUAGAUGUACAGGAAAUUUCCAGUGGAAAUUGUGUUAAAAUGACCACGCCUUUAGUCUUACAAUUUUGAGAAUGUGUUUUACCAUCUGAAGUAAUUUAAUUUCAUUCAGUCUUUAUCUCAAGCUGAAUUUGUUGUAAAGGAGGUUAAUUUUAAUAAAAUCUAUUAAAUAAAUCUUUUAAAUAAUGAUUAAUAAUACCAACUUUAAAUUUGUCAUUUCAUGUACAAGAUCUGUAAAUUAUAGCAAUAAGCCACAAGAGACAGAGCAUCACAUGAGGCAGAGUGCCUAAAACUCCAUUAACCGUAGUAAAAUCACUGUAAAGCACAGUUUUGAGUGCUUAUUGUCGAAAAUGAUGGCAACAGCAAUAAGUUUAAAGAUAAAUAGUUACAUUUAUUAAUAAUAAUCAAAAUAAAUAUUUCUUCUGCUAAAUAAUAUCAUUCAAAUUAAUGCCAUAAUCUGCGAUAUAUGUUGCAGGAAUAUCAGCAUUUGUUGAAACUAUCCAUUAUUGAAAAUCAUUUUAUUUCAGAUUGACAAGGAAAUUACAAUUGUUAUAGAGGCUGUUAAGUGCGACAAAAAUGACUUUUUUGUUGUUUUUGUUGUUGGUUUGCAAUUUAGGGGGGCAUUGUGGAGCCUAGAAUCUCCUUUUUUUCUUCAAAGGAAAUGUGUGGACUGACUGGGCUUUGGCACCAGCACUGUGUCGAUGGAAAAGGGGUAACAGUCACAAUCAUGGAGAGAACAGGCAAGAAGUAGUUUUAAACUGAUGUCUACACACUAAUAAUGUAGUAUUAACUUGUCCUUGGUCUCUUGAAGUGUGUCUGUGCUAGAAACAGCACCUGUACUGUAGUUUUGAGACUGUGACAUGAACUCACUGGGGAGGCUCAUGCCGUUAACUGUUAACCAGCUGUCCGUCAGUCUUUAACAAUGGCUCGGUCUAGCAGGGUGACACCAGAACACAGAGCUCUGGGUAAUACAGACUCCCAAAACAGUGUUUCUACCAUGAUCACAAAACACUAACACAUGAGCUGGGUAGUUUUUUGUACUCUGUUCAGAAAUUUUCAGCAGAUAUAAAAAUCUUAAAGUGAGGGCAUUUUUACAUAUUUAAGUUUGGUCAAUCUGAAGCAUUUUGUAGCUUCUUUUGGGCAUGUCUUUGACUGUGUGUUUGCAUAUUAACUGGGCCAGCACUCAGAAGAUGGGUGGGUGUAAACUGGUCUUCUAGAGGAAUCACCACCUUAUCAUACAGCAAGUUUCUUUAAGAAACACCCAGUCAUUGUGUUCAUUUCCUGUCAAGGUUUGGUGGUUUUGAGAAAGAGGGCAGGGGACAGAAUCACCCUAGAAUGUAUUAGGCCUUCUUAAGUUGGACUAUCAUAUAAGUACAUUGUUGUGUGACCGGGCAGUAUUAGGCAUUGUAUAAAAUGAGAAACAAGCAUGGGAGGGAAGGGAAGGAGUCAUCAAAGUCCAUGCUAAUGAUCCUGUAAUUUGAGGUUAUGUAUCUUUUUCAUUCUUUUUUUUUUUUUUUUUUCUGUUCUGAUAUCAUGGUUUUAUUUGACCAACUCUUAUAUUAAAUUAUAAUGCUUGGGUCCCGUGUAACAGGAGGGUUAAUGUGAUUUACUGUUUUUACUGAAGAAUGAUAUGUGUUUUAUUUCUCACCGUCAUUGCUUUGACAGCUGUUUGGGCCAAAGGGGAUGGUUUUAUGUAAGCGUUUGCGUCAUUGCAGGUCAGUAUGACCCUGUAUCAGCACAUAUUAAUAAAAAAUUACUAAAACCGAACAUUGGUUAUUUCAUAUCUGUGGUAAAUCAAAAAGCACACGAUCACCGGACAAAUUAAUGUUCAAGUGUGUUAUCUUUCUCCACCAAUAUUUCCUUAAUGGUUGUGCAAAUAACUUGAAUUAAAGGGAUCGUAUUCUAAAAA